AUGGUUCACUUAGGUCCAAGAAAGCCACAGCACAGAAAGGGUACCUUCACUGACGUCCCCGAGAACUUGCUCCAGCAAGUCCACGACAUCGAGCAACAGUUGACGGUCAGCGGAGACACCUUGAAGAAGAUCACCGAGCAUUUCAUCACCGAGUUGGAAAAGGGGUUGUCCAAGGAGGGCGGCAACAUCCCCAUGCUUCCUGGCUGGGUGUUGGACUUCCCCACUGGUAAGGAGAAGGGUGACUACUUGGCCAUCGACUUGGGUGGAACCAACUUGAGAGUCGUUUUGGUCAAGUUGGGCGGAAACAGAGACUUCGACACCACCCAGUCCAAAUUUGCAUUGCCCUCCUACAUGAGAACCGCCACCCUGGACCAGUUGUGGGACUUCAUUGCCAAGUCGUUGAAGUCGUUCCUCGACGAGUUCUUCCCCGAUGGCGUGUCUUCGCCUUUGCCCUUGGGGUUCACCUUCAGCUACCCAGCCUUCCAAAACUCCAUCAACGAAGGUGUGUUGAAGGCCUGGACCAAGGGUUUCGACAUCGACGGCGUGGAGGGCCACGACGUGGUCCCUAUGUUGCAGGCUGCUAUUGAAAAGUACGACCUUCCUAUCAAGGUCGUUGCCUUGAUCAACGACACCACCGGUACCUUGGUCGCCUCCAUGUACACUGACUCUGAUGCCAAGAUGGGCUUGAUCUUCGGAACUGGCUGUAACGGUGCCUACUACGACGUGGUCAAGGACGUUCCAAAGUUGGAGGGCCUCGUUCCAGACGACAUCUCUCCAGACUCCCCUAUGGCCAUCAACUGUGAGUACGGCGCCUUUGACAACGAACAUGUUGCCUUGCCAAGAACCAAGUACGACAUAACCAUCGACGAAGAAUCCCCAAGACCGGGCCAACAAGCUUUUGAAAAGAUGAUUUCGGGCUACUACUUGGGUGAGAUCUUGAGAUUGAUCUUGUUGGAGUUAGCCGAAGAAAAGAAGUUGAUCUUCAAGGACCAAGACUUGUCCAAGUUGAAGGAGCUCUUCAUCUUGGACACCUCGUUCCCAGCCAAGAUCGAGGAAGAUCCAUUUGAGAACUUGAGUGAUGUCCAGGAACUUUUCCAGACCGUUUUGGGCAUCCAGACCACCGUUCCAGAAAGAAAGAUUGUCCGUCGUUUUGCCGAAUUGAUUGGGGAAAGAUCCGCCAGAUUGUCCAUCUGUGGUAUUGCUGCUAUCUGUAAGAAGAGAGGCUACACAUCCGCCAACUGUGCUGCUGACGGUUCUGUUGUCAACAAGUACCCAGGCUUCAAGGAGAGAGCUGCCAAGGGUUUAAGAGACAUUUUCGAAUGGGAAACUGAGGAAGACCCUAUCAAGAUUGUCGCAGCCGAAGAUGGUUCUGGUGCCGGUGCUGCCAUCAUUGCUGCUUUGACCGAAAAGAGAUUGGCCGCUGGCUUGUCUGUUGGUAUCAAGAAGAACUAG